AUGGGUAAUUGGGCUCAAUAUUAUAUUCCAGCCACCGCAGCCAUUGGCACGGCGAUGUACGGCAUCGACACCGGCAUCAUUGCGACCACGAUCGGCCACCAAAGCUUCAAUGAUCACAUGUUUCCUCCUGAUGGAGAAGAUGCUGCUCUGAUAGGCAAGCUUCGUGCCGUCGUCUCCGUCUACAACGCCGGCCAGGCAGUUGGAACCCUAUUCGCAGGCUGGACCGCCGACAAGCUCAGCCGCAGAUAUACACUUACAAUCGCGAGCGCCAUCGCCAUAGUGGGCAUCCUGCUGUCCGUGAUCGGCACCAAUGUCGGCAUGUUCAUCACGGGAAGGCUGCUCACCGGUUGGUCGUCGGGGAUGAUCUUGCCUGUCUCUGCUAUCUACAUGGCUGAGGUCUCCAAGCCCAAGAACCGCGGUAUAGUCGUCGGCUUCCAAGGGAUGGGCACGGCUACGGGCUUCUUCUUGGCCAACUGGAUCGGGUACAGCGGCAUCUUCUUCGAGGGUAACCUCCAGUGGAGGUUUCCUCUCAGCCUACAAUUCCCCUGUGCGGUCCUCAUGCUGAUCGGUAGCCUGGUGAUCCUGCCCUUCACGCCGCGUUGGCUUGUCUCUCAGGAUAGAUUCGAGGAAGCUCGUGCUGUCCUGGUGAGGAUCCACUCCGACGAGGGCGAGGAGUUCAUUGACCAGGAGAUGAUCCAGAUCAGGGAGCAGACAGCACUCGAGAGGAGCUACAAGAGAGUCGGAGGAGAGAAGUGGUACAGCAACUUCCUGAUGCUGUUCACGAAGCAAUACAUCAAGAGGCUGGGCUUUGUCUGCUCCAUCCAGGCCCUGACCCAGUUCGGUGGUGUCACAGUCAUCCAGAACUACCAGAAUAUUUUCUACGGAACUGUCGGUUUCACGGGCGAUACAGCACUGCUAAUCAGUGGAAUCUACGGGAUCAUGGGCCUGACCGGCCAAAUCAUCAACCUCCUCGUCGUAGCCGAUCGCUGGCGCAGAACCACAGCACUGUGGGUGGGCUGCCUCGUCCCCGCAAUCAUGCUGGCCAUCUGCGAGGCCCUCAGCGCACUGUUCUCAGACGGCUCCAACCAGGCGGCCUCCCGCACCACUAUCGCAUUCAUCUUCCUCUACUCUGCCUUCUUUGCCAUCUUCUUCAACUCCACGAUGUGGGUCGUCUGCUCCGAGCUGCUGCCUGUCUUCAUCCGCUCCAGUGGGCUGGCCGUGGGGACUUUUGCCUCUGGUGUGGCCUCCAUCGUCGUCUCUCAGAUUACCCCCGUUGCACUAGAGAAUAUCUCGUGGAGGUGCUACAAUGUGUUCAUCGCAGCAAACCUCCUGGGCAUCGUGGUCUACCUCUUCUUCCUGCCCGACACCAAGGGCAAGACUCUGGAGGAGAUUGGCGAGCUGUUUGGUGACACGCUCGCUACGGCCCACAUCGGGGACAUUGACGUUGAUGUCAAGCGGGGCGCAGGUGUGAUCGAGCUUGAGAACGCUAGCUAUACUAGGAGUAGGGACGUCUGA